AUGAUGGAACAAAAAAUUAUGUUUUUAUUUAUUAAAAUUUCAACUUUUAUGCUUUUGCCUUGGAUGUGUCACUUUUACAAUUACAUGAGCCAUUUUAAUAAAAAUUCGAAUAAAAAAUACGAUAUUCAUCGAAAAUUAAUUACAAGAAAUUAUCGGUUAUUAACAGAAUAUGAUCAGGAUAAGAAUUCAUGUGUUGCAUAUAUAAAAGAAGAAAUGCCAAACAAUAAAAUGAAAAAGAAAAAAUAUAUAUCUAAUAAUAAUAAAGGAACAAAUGGAAAACACAAACAUUCAUGUAGAUGCUCGUUAUAUAAUGAGGAAUACGGUAAAAAUGUUGAGAAAAAUAAUAUUGGUGUACCUAAAACAAAAAAAUAUUUUGAUUUUGAAAAAAAAAUAUUUAAAGAACUAGAAUAUGAAAAUUACCUUAAAAACAUCAAGACAAUUGAACAUAAGGAAUAUAAAAAAAUGGCACAUAAAAAACGCAGAAUACUAAUUGCUUUAUUUUUGUUAUUUAUCUUGGUGUUGAUAUUACCCAUAUUAGAUCUUUCAUUGGAGAAAUUUAGAGGGGGUGGUUUGUUGGGUUUAUUAAACUUAGUAUACCCAAAGACAUCUACAGGAGGUGCUGUUAGUACUGAUUUAGAAGGGGUUUUGGCUACAUCAUUAAGCGCGGGUGGAUGGAAUUCAAUAAAAAUAAUGUUUAUAUCACCCAUAUUGAUUUAUUGCAUACCUUUCCUUAUAUUUGUUGUCAUAUUUAUAUUAGGGAUGGUUUAUUACUAUAAAAAAGUUAUAAAAUAUGAAAAUGCGAAGUUCAGAAAAUGA